AGCCUUGGUCUUCCACCUUUUUAUACAGAUUUGUCUUCAUCCCAUUCUCUUCACGUGACCUCUCUCCCCUUCUCUUCUACUAUUCUUACAUCUUCCCACUUCCAACUUCCUCGUCCUCCACAACACCCACCAACUUUCUUCCAACAUCCUAGGCAUCCAUCCCCUAAUGAAUCAAUGAAUGAAUGAUCUCAAAACCAAAUCUACAUCAACACUAUAUUCAUCCUACAUUUUCCCAGAUUCCUACUUCUUCUUCUUUCCUCAUUUAUGAUUCACCUUUAAAUUAAAGAAUAAAGAUUCUCACUUUUUGCUCCGCCAUGCCGCCACCGCAUUCCGCCGUCUUCCUAAUAUUUCUCAUCACAGCAGCAGCGGCGCUAGCUCACGGUUGCUCGCCGCCGUCCUCUGCUGUCAACGCCUCCUCAUGCCCGCCUUUCACCGCCGCUCCUCCUCCUUACCCCUUCUCCGCCUCCCCCGGCUGCGGCCACCCUUCUUUCCAAAUCCACUGCUCAUCUCUUCGCUUUGCUCUCAUCUCCAUUAACAAUCUCUCCUUUUCUCUUCGCCACUACGACCCCGCCUCCACCUCCCUGCUCCUCUCUCCUGCUUCUUCUAUGUAUCAGUCUCGCCGGAACUGCUCUGUGUCGGUUCCGGCGAGAUCCAUUUCUCUCUCCGGGUCGCCGUUCCGGGUCUCGGACUCUUCCUGCUCCCGCUUAUCGGCCCUCCGCCCUUGCCGGACCGCUAGCCUCCCCAACUGCAGCCACUGCCCGUGGGAAUGCAAGCUCACCAAGAACCCAGCUCACCUCCUCCGCGAAUGUGGAUCCACGCGCCGCCGCGAUUCUCAGGAGGGUUGCCACGACGACAUCCUCGGAUUCCUCGACGGGUUCCUUAAAAUGGGGGUUGAGGUUGAGUGGGACGAAGACCAAGACCCUUACUUCUCCAGCUGCAAAUCUUGUAGAGACAACAAUGGCGUUUGUGGGUUUAAUUCCUCCCACCCCAUGAAACCCUUCCUGUGCUUCUCAUCUCUCUCGCCGGCUCCACUGAUUAAGGAGAAAACCCCAAACAGAAUCGCAAUGCUGAGCUUAGUGUUCCUUUUCAUGUGUUUUCUCAUCAUUUUCUCCAUCGGAGCUGUGAUUUUCCGGUCAAGAAACAAAGCCCUGGACUCCGAUGAAGAUCCCACCGUCGUUUACCUCCGCCGCCACCGCUCCGCCAGUCAUCUCCCGCCGGAAUUCACCUACGAAGAGCUCGAAUCCUCCACCAAUCACUUCGACCCGAAGCGCAAGAUCGGAGAUGGCGGCUUCGGCUCCGUCUACUUGGGACAGCUCUACGAUGCCCGAAUCGUCGCCGUUAAACAUCUCCACAAGCACCACCCCAGCUCCGCCGCCGGGGCUAAUGGCUUUUCCACGAAAUCCUUCUGCAACGAGAUCCUCAUCUUGUCCUCCAUUACCCACCCCAAUUUGGUGAAGCUCCAUGGCUAUUGCAGUGACCCGAGAGGGCUUCUUUUGGUGUACGAUUACGUGCCCAAUGGAACCCUCGCCGAUCAUCUUCACGGGACCAAGAAUUUGUACAGGAAAGGGUCGUUAUCGUGGAGUCUCAGAGUGGACAUUGCAAUGCAGAUAGCCAUGGCUAUGGAGUACCUCCAUUUCUCUGUAGUUCCACCGGUGGUUCAUAGGGAUAUCACUACCUCCAACAUUUUUGUAGAGAAAGAUAUGAGGGUGAAAGUUGGGGAUUUCGGGCUCUCCCGGCUGUUGGUUUGCUCGGAUCCUCCCGGUGUUCAAUCCGGCCAUUCGUCCGGGGAGGUUUGGACCGGUCCCCAGGGGACUCCGGGCUAUUUGGAUCCCGAUUACUACAGGUCGUUCCGGCUGAACGAGAAGAGCGAUGUGUAUAGCUUCGGGGUGGUUUUGUUGGAGCUGAUAACCGGGAUGAAAGCUGUGGAUCAGACGAGGGAGAAGAGUGAGAUGACGUUGGCGGAUAUGGUGGUUCCCAAGAUUCAAAUGGGGUUGCUGCACCAGGUGCUCGACCCCGUCCUCGUGGUCGACGGGGAGGCCAAGGAAGGCGUUGGCGCUGUGGCGGAGCUUGCGUUCCGGUGCGUGGCUGCGGACAAGGAUGAUCGGCCCGACGCCAGGGAGGUGGCGGCCGAGCUGCGGCGGAUCAGGAGCCGUGCUCGGGGGAGUGGCGUUUUGAGGACUUCCAAUUCCAGCAAUGCCGUAGUUCCUGAUGGAGCUGGGCUAAUAAUUGAUUGAGUGGAAAUUUGCAUCUAUUUCUCGCUAUUUGAUCGGUCAAGGUCUCCCAUUGACUCCGGUUCUUGGUGGGAUUCAAGGUCAAGGUCUCCUACUUACCCCGGAUUCUCGGUAGAAUUCAAACUCCCACACUGUCACUGGAGCUGGUCAAGGUCUCCUAUUGAUCCCGCCCCCCGAUAGCUCCCACUGUGACUGGAGCAAAGUUUUAAGGUGAUCGAUCAAACUAAUUAAGCUAGCCCCUCAGGGAGGGCAUUGCAUCUGUUUCUUUGCAUUGUGAUAGAAUGUAAAUACAUAAAUUCUUGGUUUCCUUGAACUACUUUCAUUUCAUGCAUAAUUGCAAAUGGUCUAUUCUGCAAAAAUAAUAAGACACAAAAUCUAUCAA